AUGUGGAAUCUUCCCAAUGAUACGACCGGAUUGCCCGACCACUUUGUUCACGGGCACUGGAAUUCCGUUGCGAUUGUCUCAUCAGAUCUAGAUCACGGCAAUCACCUUGUACUUCAUCAUUGGCAAUUGUCUCCGAUGCCCUUGUUUCCCGUAGCCCGUGCAACGCUCAAACGAUGUCUUUGCGAGGAGUGCAUUGAGAAAGGCGGAUAUGACGAGAAAGACGCACCAAAAGGAGUGCUCAUGGCCAAACGUUCAAUUGUGUCUCAUAUCUUGCGUGUAAAAAUGGACCGUGCCGCAGACAACACGUCAUCAGUCGCCGUCAUCGCCAAUGAUCUUCGUCGCUUGACCCUUGCUAUGGAUAUACCGGUCAAUAUUUCUUCGAGCUCGACAGUUUGUACUGUUGAGCUCAAACCUGAUGCAGUACCUGUCUCGAAAAAGGGAUGCAAUCGACGCACCAUGAAGGCGUUAGUUGUCCUUGAUAACAUCAAGUCCCGGAUCCAGCAAUGCUUUCACUUGUUGCUGCAUUCUUGUCGCAUUGAUCACAAGGCGAUCGGAUCCCAGAUAGACAUAUUGGCAACCCAGUUCAGCAGUUACGGGCCAUCCGAUGAUACACCCAUCGAGAUCAAUACCGAUACCCUUCCGCAAGAUCCAGUGAACGAGUUAGAUGAAAUCAUUCAAAUCGUUCUCUUCCUUGGCGUCACAUGCAGAGUUAUCAUAGGGGUCAGCAGGAGUAGUUGUGAUCUAAUUAUGAAGAUCAUUUCCAUCAUACUAUUUCUUGCAUUCCGGAGGCCAGAUAAUGGCCUCAACUCCUCCCACACAAAUAUCCUAAAGCAGAUCCCAAUGACCUCAGAAAGUGCCGAGGCCAGAUUCCAUCUCAAGGGAAAGACUGUCCUUACGCUGACAGGAGAAUUAUUGUUUGCUGUACAGCGACAUAUCCCACUAGAUCACCAUAUCAUUGAUCCCUUCUCAAUGUACCCUGAUUUUCCGGCAAAAUUGUACUCGACGGACUUCAAAACCCGCCUUGAAAAUGCCAAGGUGUCAUGGGUCGCGGGUGAGCGGGCGAUGAUUGGGCGAUAUAUUUAA